ACGUGUUGCAGACUCACUUCUGAAUAAUUUUUGGAAGGUGGGGGACCGCUCAAAUUCGAUGAUAAUCCCCUUGUUAUCCGACACACCUUGCGCCAUGAUAAGGAGACAAAUGGGUAUGAAAACAACGACACUUACUGGAGCCAAAAGGUGCGUAGUCUUACCUGAUAUAUCUGUACAGUUCGUAUUUCAAAGUGAUUCCAUGAUUGGGACGAAGGCACAGCACCCAAGUCACAAUCUGUGACUAUCUGCAUGCGUAUCACCCGUUCUCUCGGUUUAUUUCGCCCGGAAAAAGGUAGGGUGCUGGAAAGAUCCAGUGGGACCAGUAUCCACGGGCACCUUUCCAUUAUAAAUCUUUCUGCCCUUCUUUGAACUCGUCAUCGAUAGUCAAUGAAGCCCGCUCCCACUGGCAGUGCGUCCAGGAUGCAACGUCACGCCGACGAAUCAGUCACCGAUGACGGCCAUCGCACCAUACCGCGACCGAUGCCAGCGGAUUUUCGUAAGCUAGUCUCUGGCUCCCAAGAAAAUAUCAUCCGCGCAAUGGAUAUAAGUGCACCAGCAUUCGAAGAAUUUAAAAAAAUCCUUCGCGAUCAGGCAGUGAUGAUGCUGGAUUGCGAAAGGUUUCUACACGAACAGAUACCCGAUAUUUGGGCUAUCUAUCUGGACUGGGCUCGCGAGGAAUUGGCAUCCUUUCUUUCCAGGUACACUGAUGCAUGGCCGGUCGAGCUCUACAUGGAGCAUUAUCUAUCGAAGAAAACGUAUGCCAAGCGUCACGCCUUCAGAGCCAAGAUGACGAAGUUAAGGCCCGCCCUCAAAACCGCUCGCGUUAAGAGUUCUGUCUCAGAGCAUGGUGCAAGCUUGCCGCCCGCUCCUGGUGGUCCACCCCCACCUUAUGAAGAUCACGAUUUCGUCCAACCCGAUGCGGCGGGUGGCGACGAUCUCACUGUCGAGAACUUUCUAAAGACGGUCAAUCCUGACCUCAGCCACCUCUUCCCUGCAUUUGAAGAACUGGGGAUCAGCAGCGAAGCGGAUCUCGUUGUCGUGAGGUCAUGGGCCCCUGCUGUGAGAAAGGACUUUUUCGAGAGGGAACUGAUGGGGAGGAAUGAGCGCUCUCCAGAUCCAGGCCCUGAAU